AUGCUCAAUGUAUCAAUUGUGGAGUUUCAUGAGAAAUAUUUGGGGCUCCCUACUACAAUUGGAAGAAACAAGAAAGAAGUUUUCCGGAAGAUGAAUGAAAGAUUGGAUUCCCAUCUUCAAGAUUGGCAAGGGAAGUUCCUCUCUAAAGCAAGGAAGGGAGGUGGAGUGAGAGGUAUACAUUGGUGCAAUUGGGAGAGACUGUGUAGGAGGAAGGAAGAUGGAGGUUUGGGCUUUCGGGAUUUGAGAGCUGUCAAUCAAUCCAUGCUUGCAAAGACAGUUUGGAGAAUCUUCUGGGGUAGAUCAUCUUUGGUUAGUGAGUUGUUGCAAGCAAAGUAUUUUCCAAAUUCUUGUUUUCUAGAUGCUACUGUGGGAACUUCUCCGUCGGCGGUUUGGAGAGGACUGAUAUGGGGUAAACAAGUCAUUAACAGAGGUACUAGAUGGCGUAUUGGCGAUGGAAAAAGAGUUAGCAUUAAGUCUGACAGGUGGCUGCCGUGCCCAACAAGUUUCAGAGUGGUUUCACCUAUUAACGUCCCGGUGGACUGGAAAGUUGAAAGGCUGUUCACGGAAUCGGGGGCUUGGAAUGUUCCUAUGGUGAGAUCUUUAUUCUUGUCACAUGAGACAGAAAUGAUUCUUGGUCUGCCCAUGGGGUUGAGAACUACUCCAGAUAAACUUGUAUGGCACUAG